CCUGAUACACAGUCACGUGAUUAUCUUCCAUUAUGAUAAGUCGAAAGCAAUUUUUUGCAAAAUUUGAUAAAAUUUAGGGCCCAAAGGGUAUUAAAAUGCCCGGGCCAGUCGAAAGAUGGUUAGAGACAUUUAUGUGUAAACAAUAUGCUGAUACAUUUGAAGCCUAUGGAUUCAAAACUCUUCAGUCUGUAUGCCAGCUUCAACAGCCACAGCUGCAGGCUAUGGGAGUGGCACAAGAACAUGUAGACAAAAUACUGGAGAGUGUCCAUGUUCUCAGACAGAGUAUGUUUGGUGGAAUGAAUCACUAUAAAGAUGAAGGGUAUGGUAGUCAGUCUAAUGUAAGAAUGCAACAUACAGGGUAUAUCCAAGCUCCACAAGCCCACAAUGUGAGUGGAAUGAAUCCUAAUUAUAACAUGCCCCAAGUUGGAUACAAUAACAACAACCAGGGAAACAUAAUGGCAUCACACCGUGGACACAUGAUGGACAGCAUUUACCAACAACAACAACCUCAACCUCAGCAGUAUCCACCAUCACCAUACCAAAACCAGGGACCUUAUCACAUGGGACAGUAUAACCAACAAAAUAGUACAUAUGGUCCAAUGAUGAACUAUAAUAAUAACCAAAACAGAACUCAAGUUCGCCAACCUACUACUGCUACUUCACAUGUACAUUCUCGUCACCAGAAUCCACAGGAAGUAGCAAAUAACAUCCUCCAGAUGGCAGCUUCAUAUCAACCGAGUCAAACUGUUCAGGUGCCUUUGUCAAAACAUCGACAAGCACCUUAUCAUGUGCCUGUCUCUGCUCAUUAUAACAUGCCAAAUCAUGUGAAUAAUACAGAACAAAUGAAUCGGCAGUUUAAUUAUCCAAAUCCAUCUCAGCAUAACACCCAUGCAGCAAGGACUUCUCCUGUAAGUCCAGGGUCAAUGUACAUGCAUAGUCCAGCCUCACAGCACAGCAGUCAGAGUUUGCCAAAUUCAAGUCCACGAUCUAUUCAUAGUCCAUCUGGUUGUGGGAAUAUCAGAUCACCUGUUCCAUCUCCUGCUGGUAGUAUGAGAUCCCCCUGUCACAUGCAGUCACCAGUUAAUACACCAAUCAACCAACAGCUGCAUGUGACCACAGGACAACAGAUGGUACAAUCUCCACCUCAACAUCAAAUGGGCUUCUCACCUAAAAAUCAUCCGUUAAGUCCUCAAGGUAUACAGUCACCUCAUUAUAAACAACAAAAUCAGAAAAAUUAUCUGAAUGAAAAUGUCGCUGCAACUAAUUUUACAGCUAAUAACCCAUUGCAGUCUUUACAAAAGCUAUGUAUGUUACCUGAUAGACAGGUAGUUGAUCCCAAAAGUAUUGUAAACGAUUCUUCCCCUUCACCUAAUCAGACCCAAAAAAACGUGAGUAGCGAUGUCGACUGGAAUACAACAACCAUCAGUGAGACGGCAUCGGUAAAUAAUUGCACUGAUGGUAAAAAUUGUGAUGAAAUAGACAAUAAUUCAGGUAUACAAAAUAAUCUGUGUACAAGUUCUGAAAAUAGUUGUUCUGUCCAAAAGACAGCAAUAAACACAGUUGUGGACAGUUAUGCUGAUGAUGCAGUAAAAAAGUCGACUGAAAAUACUAUCAAAACUGAUGUUGACUUUGAACAUCAAAAACUGAAAUAUUUGGGCCAGCCAUGUAAUACAGAAACUGGUUUAGAUAAACAAUCACCUUUAGAAUGUGUUCAAGGAACAAACUGUGAAUUUUCAGAAAGAGUUCAAAUAACAACAUGUAAACCUUUUGAAAAUGUUCUAGAAACACAUAAGAAAUCUGAAACAACAGGAAAUUCUAUGAAUAAUUUGCAAGCCAGUAUUGAAACAAAAGAAGUAUCGGACACAAGUCUUGUAAGUGAACAAGUUGAUGGUAUACGUACAUCUACCGAUUACAUAGAUUGUGUAUCAAAGUCUUCAGAGACAUUGCAGAAUUCUGAACUUACAGACAAUUUACCUAAUGAACAGAAAAUACAAGAAAACUCUGAGUGUGAAAUUGAAUCAAAUCGAUUAGAACAGACUGUAGAAAAGUCACAUGAUAGUGAACAAAAGUCAUGUGACAAUAAAGAUAGUAUAGAAAGGUUACAAGAUGACCAGGUAUCGAGACUGGAGUCGGAAUCUGUUGAAAAUAUCUGUGAUAAGUCUAUAGUCAAUGGUUGUGACAAUACACACUGUGAUGACCAGUCAAAACCUGAUAUCAGUUCAGAUUGUCGGAAAGAUGAAGUUAAAAGUAUGGUUAACGGAAUAGAUGAUUCAGAAGAUAAUAGUAGUGAUGUUGACAUGAACAAAGCAGAUUUGUUUAUAAAAAGUGAACCAAAUAUAGAAAUUCUAGAAAUGGAUUCUGAUUCACUUUUAAAUCAUAAAACAGACCAGAGACAUAAGAAUGAGGAAAAAGCUGAUAAUAAAAGGAUUUUAAGAGAGAUUCCACCCAGAGUGGCAAGUGCCUCACCAUUUUAUGUUGAUGAUUCCGAUAGCGGUGACGAGGGAAUUCUUAUGGUUCGUAAGGAUGUGAAGUACACAUACAGUAGGUACAGUAAAAUUCAUCGUGACAUCAAUUCCCAUGUGUCUGUAUCAGAUAAUGAUACUUUUGAUAUCUCUGAUGAAGAAAGUCUCGAUAGGAAUAGUUUAGACAGUGACAUGAGUAAGGGAUUUGACUGUGAUUUGAUACAGUCUCUUCCAAAAACUGUAAAUGGCCCUGGUUCAAACCCAGGACAUAGAAAGAAAAAUACAGCAUCUAAGCCCUUUAAAAACAGAUGCAGUAGAAAUGUCAUUUUUGAUACUCCAGGACAAGGAUCAAAAGAUAAGUCUGAAAACCAAAAAGGAAAUGGCCGUUCUAAAAGAAGAAGAACUGCCACUUCUAAAUAUGGAGAUGAAAUGUAUUUAGGGGAUGAUUUUGCACUAGAUUCUGAAGAAGAAACUAAGAUUGAAAGGAAAAGUAAAAGGAAACGUAAGAUUAGUGGGGAUACAACAUGCAUAAAAGCAAACACAAAAGUAAAAUCUGAAGAUGUUAAUCUUGAUUCAGAUGAUGUAGGAGAAAAUGACAAAAAAUGUAAGAAAAAGGAAAAAAUUGAGACAAAAUUUAACUGUAAUAUUAAAUCAGAAGAAGUUAUUUUAGAUUCAGAUGAAGAAGAAGAAACUGGCAAAAUAGAUCAGAGUAAACAAAAAUUUAGUGUGGAUCAAAAGUUGUUUAAUAAAUCUAAGAUUGAACAUGAUAUUUUGGCGUCGGAUGAAGAACUUGAAGUUGAAAAGACUGCAAAAAGAAAAAGUAAAAUUAGUGAAGAUUUAAAAUCAAAGGUUCAAAUCAAAGAAGAAAAUGAAGACUCACAAAUGGAUUCCUUAGAUUCAAAAGAAAUCUGUAUAGAUAUAAUAGACAGUUCCGAUAAUUUAGGUGAUGGUUCAGAUAUUAUAACAUUUAAGCCUAUAACUAAACUAUCUUCCUCAUUUCUUCCAGUGGCUUCAACCUCAAAAUCUCAGUGUGAAAACAAACCUUUAGUGCAAAAAGGUAAACCUCGAACUAAAUCGAAACUAAAAGUUUCAAAAGCUGGUAAAUCAAAGUCUCGUGGAAAAUUGCUGGACGAUUCAGUUAAAAAUAUGAAAUUAAAAAAAACUAUGAACUUGAUGAAACAGAAAGGAAAAAAGAAGCCUGAGAUUCCAGUUAAAGAAAUUGGUCCUAUUCUAAGGAUCAAAGAUUCUCGGACACCAAAAGAAAGGUGUUUAGUUGUCAAUCAGCUAAUAGAAGAGAACAGUGAUAAAACUGCCAAAAAUAAGAGGUCUACAGUGCGGGUUUCAACAGUACAAGUGUCUAAAUUACCUUCUGAAAAGUCUGUUCAUGUGCCUGCUUCACUUGCAGGAGAGAACACUUCAUGGGUUUGUGCUUUAUGUAAGAAACAUAGUAGUUACAAAUUUUUAGGAGAUUUAUUUGGACCAUAUUAUACUGAAGGUAAUUUACCUGAGGACGAGGGAAGCAGUUCUAUGGACAAAAAAGGUAAACAAAAAAGACAAAGUGUUAGUGUUGAUUCAAAGUCCAAUUCUAAAGGCAGGCGAAAAAGUAAGGACUCCACGAAACCUAAUGAGAUCUGGGUUCAUGAAGACUGUGCUGCUUGGGCUGAUGGAGUCCUGUUGAUUGGUGCCAAAAUGUAUGGGUUACAGGAAGCCACAGAUAUAGCUUCUUCUACUGUUUGUACAUAUUGUAAAGAAACUGGUGCUAUGGUAGGCUGUCUACAUAAAGGUUGUUCCCAAAAAUUCCAUUAUUAUUGUGGCAUUGAAUCAGGUUGUUACUUAGAUGAAGAAAAUUAUUCCCUUCUAUGUCCAAAACAUAGAGAUAAAAGAUUGAAAUCAGCAGAAGCUAAGUCCUUCAAGACUUGAACCAGACCUGUAACUUCAGCUGGUAAAAUUAUGUAAACUGAUGGUCACAAUACCAUUUGAUCUGUCAUUGAGACAACAACAGACAACAGAUAAAAGAGAACAGAAUUACACAGAAUUAUGGCAUCUCUGCAGAAGACAGAAGACCAAAUUUUAUGUUUUGUUUUACAUCGUGUCUUUCAAACUGUUUGUCAUUUAAACUGGUUGUUUUAAAAUAGAAUAAUUUUUCUGAGUAUGUGAUACCAGCAUGCUUUGUGAAUAGAGCUUCCACAAACCUUUAAGACACUGUUUGGCCUUUGUAAUGCAUUCAGUAAUUGACAUUUUAUUAGCUUAUAUGAUCUUAGGAGAGUAGGGCUUGUUAAAAUGGAUAGUGUUUACAUGGUAAACAUCAGUAUAAACUUUGAAAUAAAAUUUAGAUCAACCUUUUUUGGAAGCUCAUAUAUCUAAUGUUUAAUAUCUUUGUCAGCGAAUAUUUCUAUAAACUGAUCAUGGUAAUUCACAAAUAUACAUCUUUUUUGUAUGGAAUUUUUAUUGGACUAAAUAGACAAACUAAAAUACUAAACAAAUGGUUUUCCCAUUUUCAAAAUUUUUUAAACAAAUUAAUUUUCAAUUAUAGCAGUAAGUAGUCAGUAUAAAAAAAAUGAUAGAAACUUUAAUAAGCAUUAAGGGUUCUUUUUCUUUGUUUCAUUGUACUUUUAAGGGUACCUAAUAUAAUGAUUUUAAUAUUUUCUUCUUUCAGCACAAACAUCCAGUGAAGAGAUUACUUGAUAAUUCAUGGUUACUUCUUAUCUACUUAAAUUCAUAAAAAUGAAUUGUUCAUGAUAAUUUUUUGAACACGAGGAUACUUCUAACUUGGACUCCCUUCCAUUACUUAUAUGUAAAUGGUUCAAAUUUUUAUGUGAAAAGAAAGUGAUUAAUUGUUGCAUGUUGAGCAAUAAAAAGAUCCAAAAAGCUUUUAUUUUGAAUUGCUCAUCAUUUUCUGACAGAUUUUUUUCUGUUAUUAAAAUGCUUUUUUUCAACUAAAAUUAUUGCGUUUUAUAAAAUAUAGGAGUUGUAUACUCUUUUCAUUUAAAGGAAUUCUGCAAGGUUUUUGUUUUAACAUAGGAACAAAAUAUCAGCUUUAAGUAGCUAAGUUAGAGAUUAAAUAUGUACAUUGGUAAAUUUUAUGUCAUACAUUCCUGAAUCUGUAGCUGUCAAUCAUUGAAUCUUUUUUUAUGGAGAUCUAAAUUUGGAACCAACAGUGAUAUUAAUCACUAAUGUUGAAAUUGACACUAUUUACAAAUAAUUAUUUUUCUUAAUGACUACUGCAAUGCAUCAAAUCAAAAUUUAAUAGCACCUACAAAUUUCGAUUUCAUUAUUAAACUGAACAUAAUGUAAAAACAUAGAUGUGCCUGGCAUAACUGAAUCUUUUCUAAGCAAAAAAAAAUCACAAAUUUCCUCACUUAUAUAAGGUAUAGGGGGAAAUGUAUGUCAGAGAAACAUAAUGGAAAAAUAAAAAAUAAGAAGUUUUUUUUCUUCUUUAGCAGUAGGAUGAAUAUAAUUUUGAACUGCAGUUUUUAUUAAAUUUAAUUAAAUUAAGAUUUUAUAUCACAUGAAAUUUAUUUGUACAUUUAAAGGCUACAAUAGAUUUUGGAAUGUCUUUUUUGUUGGUAUGUUUGAAAUAUGAUUGAAAUAGAUGAAUCCAUUGUAAAUUAACUGUUGUAAAAAAAUUAACCUUGAAGAAAUUUUAAAGUACAAAGAUUGGGCCUAUUAAAUUAUCCAGGUAAAAUAUAAACUUGAGGCUUUGGAGAAACCUGAUGUAUAUACAAUAUAAGGUCAAUGAACAAAAAAUUAAAACUUUUUGUAUGAGGCUCAGAACAUGGGGAAGGGUGAGGUUUACUGAGGUAUUCCAACAGUUAAUAUUUUUCUGACAUUGAGCUAAUAUUGUUUUUAUACUGCAACUAAAAAUGGCUACCAUUUUAGUGAUGAAAAUUUUAGCACAGAAUUUUCCAUCCCUAUAAUCUAUGGGAGCCCCAAAUUGGAAGAAAAGUGACAUGAAAUCAACAUUGCACAAAAUAUCACUUGGGUACUAUAUUUGGUUUAUAAAGACAACAGGAAGUGUUCUAGCAGCAGAAUAAAUACUUCUUAGAUGAUUUGUUCAAACAUUUAUGAUACAGGUUUAUUGACUGUAUUAAGCAAUGUUUCUAUAGGGUUCUAUUCUUACAUCUCUUAUAUUAUAAAUAGUAUAUGUAACCAGUUUUAGUUUAGGUUACCAGUUGUAAAUGAAGGUUUAUUUGGUCUUUCAUUUAUUUAAGAUACAUUCCCAUCUUUUCAAUCAAUAUUCUGAGAUAUACCUGUUAUUCUAUUCAAUUUUCACAAAGUAGUUCAGUUUAUAUGAAUAAGUCAUGUAGUAUAUUUUAUAAUAUAUAUUUGGCACACAGUAUCAGUAAACAUACAAAUAUGCAUACUGUUAAAAAUAUAAUUAUCACUAUAUUAUUCAUGUAUUAGCAUUGUUGAGGCACACUUGAUAACACCAACUUACCGGGUAAACUCAGUGAGAAUUUAUUGAAACUCAAGUCUUGGAUCUCUGUCCUUGUUAUUUGAAUAAGUACAACUGGUAUAAAUAUGAUCUCCCUGACUUUAAACCUCUCUAGUACUUCUAAAAUUACCUAGAAAUUGUCAUCAUACAUUUUUAAAUACAAUGUAAUGAUGCCUUGCUUAUUAUCUUAGAUUAAAAUGAUAUAUAAAUGAUCUGGUAUUGUAAGGCAUUAUGAUUUUUGGUUAUAGAUCUUUUGUUGUUUCAUACAUGGGCCAUGAAGCUUAAUACUUUUUUCUGUGAAUUUUGUUUUCUUUGCUGUAUAAGUAUGACCUGGUGUCUUAUGACUGAUAAACUGUUUGAAACAGAGAUUAACAGUGCUUUCAUAUAGAAAUGUCACAAAAUGUUUAAGCUUUAUCUUCUCAUUUUACAGAGACAUAUUAUUUUGUCUUGUAUGUUUAAGUCUAUUUAUGUACAAACUUCUUAAUAAAAUAAGAAAAUUCA